UACUCCAUCAAAAUAAUCUUGCAAAUCAUCAUUUCUCAGUAGCUAUAAAAUUUCUAUAAAAACCUAUACUUCACUAUCACAUUCCACAACACACAAAACAUUAAUAAUAUAGUAAUAUUGUCUCCAAAAAAAUAUGAGGAGAUUAGUAUCGUCUAUUGCAUUAUUAUUAAUUUGUUUUUUCAUAUUUACAAAUGCCGUAGGUGCAGAGACUCGAAAGGCAUUCGCCUGCGAUCCUUCCGAUUCCAACACCAAACACUUGCCGUUUUGCAAAACCGGUUUAUCGGCGGCGAAGAGAGCCAAGGAUUUGAUCGGACGGUUGACAUUGCAGGAGAAGGUGAAGCUGCUGGUGAACAAUGCCGCGGCGGUGCCGAGGCUGGGGAUCAUGGGGUACGAGUGGUGGUCGGAGGGGCUUCACGGCGUCUCUGAUGUGGGGCCGGGGACCAAAUUCGGGGGCGAAUUCCCCGGCGCCACCAGCUUCCCGCAGGUCAUCACCACCGCCGCCUCUUUCAAUACUUCCUUGUGGGAACAGAUCGGAAAGGUGGUGUCGGACGAGGCCCGGGCAAUGUACAACGGGGGGCAAGCGGGCUUAACGUAUUGGAGCCCAAACGUAAACAUAUUCCGCGAUCCAAGGUGGGGCCGGGGACAGGAGACUCCCGGUGAAGAUCCAGUGGUCGCCGGCAAAUACGCGGCCAGCUAUGUGAAAGGUUUACAAGGUAACAACCCCAACGACCGCUUGAAGGUUGCCGCCUCUUGCAAGCAUUACACCGCCUACGAUCUUGAUAAUUGGAAUGGCGUCGAUAGAUUCCACUUCAACGCUUUGGUGAGCGUGCAAGACAUGGAAGAUACAUUUAACAUUCCUUUUAGAAGCUGUGUAAGAGAAGGCAAAGUUGCAAGUGUUAUGUGCUCUUACAAUCAAGUCAAUGGCAUUCCUGCUUGUGCCGAUCCUAAGCUUCUCCGGAAAACUAUUCGAGGCGCUUGGGGUUUAAAUGGGUUCGCUUUUUUUUUCAACUUAUCAAACUUCACUUCAUCUUUCACAACCAUAUAUAAUUUCUUGAUUUUUUUUAUCAGCUACAUCGUUUCGGAUUGUGAUUCUGUUGGAGUAUUCUUUAAUACUCAGCAUUACACAAGCACGCCGGAAGAAGCCGCCGCCGCCGCUAUCAAAGCAGGCUUGGAUUUGGAUUGUGGGCCUUUUCUUGCUAUGCAUACCGAAAAUGCGGUGGUGAAGAAGCUGUUGAAAGAGGCGGAUGUUGAUGCUGCGCUCACCAACACCAUCUCAGUUCAAAUGAGGCUGGGCAUGUUCGAUGGUGGGCUGUCUUCGCAGCCUUAUACCAAGCUUGGCCCUAAAGAUGUCUGCAGCGCGAGCCACCAGGAGCUCGCGCUGCAGGCUGCGAGACUGGGCAUCGUUUUGUUGAAAAACGAUGUCCCAGUCCUCCCUCUCUCUCAACAACAUUUGGGCUCGGUAGCUGUGAUUGGGCCUAACUCGAAUGCGACUAGGACAAUGAUUGGGAAUUAUGCUGGUGUUCCAUGUGGAUAUACAAGUCCGUUGCAAGGAAUACGCAAGUAUACAAGGACGGUGCACAAUGAGGGUUGUGAUGGCGUGGCAUGUGACAAUGACGACUUAUUUAGUGGAGCGGUUGAGGCGGCCAGCAAGGCAGAUGCGACUAUUUUGGUGAUGGGACUUGAUCAAUCUAUUGAGGCCGAGUUUGUUGAUAGGGAGGGCCUCUUGCUACCUGGGAGGCAACAAGAGCUCGUGACUAAGGUCGCCUCGGCCUCCAAAGGUCCCACCAUAUUGGUGUUGCUGAGUGGUGGGCCCGUGGAUGUUUCAUUUGCCCAAAAUGAUGCACAAAUUGGGGCAAUUCUAUGGGCCGGCUAUCCGGGGCAGGCUGGAGGUGCCGCGAUUGCUGAUGUUAUUUUUGGGGUGCACAAUCCGGGUGGGAGGCUUCCGAUGACAUGGUACCCUCAAGAGUACCUCAACAACUUGCCUAUGACAACAAUGGACAUGAGGGCUAACCCUUCGAAAAACUAUCCUGGAAGGACUUAUAGAUUCUACAAAGGACCGGUCGUCUAUCCUUAUGGGCACGGUUUGAGCUACACGAGUUUCAAGCACACCAUUGCCAAGGCACCAAAAGUCUUCUCAGUCCCAAUGGGAGGCGGCCAUCGAGCCAACUCCACGUUUUCGGAUAAGUUAGUCCGAGUGGCUCGUGCCAAUUGCAAGAGACUCACACUCAAGGUUCACGUGGAAGUGGAGAACGUGGGGUCCAGAGACGGGACCCACACAUUGCUCAUGUUUGCCUCUCCACCGGGAGAUGAUUGGGCACCCCAGAAGCAACUCGUUGGUUUCCAAACAAUGGGCAUUCCUAGUGGAGGGAAGCAACGAGUUGUUAUGAGUGUCGGUAUUUGUAAACAUCUUAGCGUGGUGGAUAGUGGAGGCGUCCGCCGGAUUCCCAUGGGAGAGCAUGGACUUUAUAUUGGCGAUGCUACACAUACUGUGUCUCUUCAGCCUCGUAAAAUCUAGAAUUGAUCAAAUCGUGAUUAUCAUUUUAUUUUUUAACCUAGGAUUACAUGUUUGGCAUCUAAAUCCGCUCUGUUUUGCCCAAUAUUUUUAUUAAUUUGUGAAAUCAAAGAUUUGACAUGUUAAAAUCUGAUACUGAUGGUAGUAUAGUUCAAUGGAACAAUAUUUAAUUUGGAA